CCUGUCCAGAAAUUCGGUGACACGUCAGCUUCGCCUACCAACGCCAUCUUCCGUCUCUGUCGCUUCCUCCUUCCGUCGCGCCGCCGCUCAUUUUGAACUUCCAAGCACCAUGAACAUCUUUCGACUGAUUGGUGACAUGACGCACUUGCUCAGCUUCCUCGUGAUGAUCCUGCGCCUCCAAGCCAGCCGGUCGGCAACUGGGAUCUCGCUCAAGAGCCAAGAGCUGUUCUUCCUCGUGUUCAUCACGCGGUACUUGGAUCUGUUCACGCACUACGUGUCGCUCUACAACACGAGCAUGAAGCUGCUGUACCUUGGUCUGUCGGGGGCCAUCGUGUACUUUAUUCGGUUCAAGGAGCCGUUCAAGUCGUCGUACGACAAGUCCAUCGACUCGUUCCUCCACUGGAAGUUCGCCGUGCUGCCGUGCGCGAUCCUUGCGUUGAUUUUCCACGAACGGCUCGAAGUCAUGGAGAUCCUCUGGACGUUCUCGUUGUACUUGGAAGCCGUGGCCAUAAUUCCCCAGCUCAUCCUCCUCCAGCGUCAUGGUGAAGUCGAAAACUUGACGUCCAACUACGUCGUGUUGCUUGGGAUCUAUCGCGCGUUCUACUUGAUCAACUGGAUCUACCGCGCCGCCACGGAAACGCAGUACCACACGAUUUGGCCCAUGUUCAUUGCCGGGCUUGUCCAGACCGGGCUGUACGUGGACUUCUUCUACUACUACGCCAUCAGCAAAUACUCUGGCAAGAAGAUGACGUUGCCCAAUUAAGCCGCACCAGCCCCACCCAUGCUCCAUGCUCGUAGCAAGCGACGUCCAUUUGUCCAUAUCAUGGCAUCACUUUAACGAUUGGUUUCUUUCAAUGUGUGUGCAUGAUGGCUACCUCUCGACAUUAGGCUAAUGUAGCACUUCAUAUUUCCAUCA